CGGCCUUUGCUAUUCUACAUCUCACAACUUGUCUCUCAAAUGAACAAAUUUACAAAUCUAUUUUACAUUAGCAUUUCCUUUUAUUCUUCCCUUUCUGCGAAAAUUUGGAGAUAGACAUAUUAAUAUUUUCUUUUAAAUUUAAUCAAUCACUUUUUAAAAAUAAAUCGAUAUAUCUAAAAUUAUUCCUGAUAGAGAAUUAUAAAACUAGAUUUUACAGGAAAAGUAAUCAUGGGAAGUAUUCGAAAACGCAAGCAUUCUUCAGCCGCUUCUGCUAACAGAGCAGCAUCUUCAGUGCUUACAGUCACAAAUGCUAACAUGCAGAAGAAAUCCAGGAAACAUUCUCGUUGCUCUGACUUUGUGAAUAAUGUCACAAAGGAAGAAUCAUCAGCCACUGCACAAGAUGCUAGCAAAGGUGAAAAGGAUCAUCUUCCAAGCACAGACAUUCCAACAGAAUAUAAGUGCUCUAUUUGUCUGGAUACAACUCUCCGAAAAAAAAUGAAGCGUCUUCCGUGCUCUCAUAUAUUCCAUCGAUCAUGUAUCAACAAAUGGUUGAAAAAUCACAGAAGAUGUCCUCUUUGCCGCGUAGCGAUCACAUAUCCGAGAAACAAAAGAUCAACUACCAAUAGAAGACCUACAACAAAUAGAAGGUACUACAGCGAAACAACCAACAGAAGGCGCACUGUGAAUAGAAGGCCUUCUGCAAAUAGGAGGCCUUUUUAUAGCAGGCACCCUGCUCAGGUCCCUUUAAGUAAUCGAUUGCAGCCUGGAAUGAGCAAUGACUUCUUGCUUAAUGUGUUUUUUGAUCUUUGCUAUCGUUUCCGCAAUUGUCUUAGGUUUAUAUAAAUAAUGACACCAUUAUCUAUCACUCAUGAAAGAGACAAAGACUGUAUACUGACUUCAAUUUUUUAAAAAUUAUUAUCAUUUGUUUGUUUAAGACUGAAAAUAAAUAUUGUUUAAGAUGUU